AUGGAGAGAUACCUUAACCCACAGCAUCGGAACACUUCUUCUGAUCGAAAGCCAAAAUUCCUCCCAAAACCUCCACAAACAGAAGAAACAAAAAAACACUGUGAGCAGCACGCAAACCAAAUGCACAUAGGAGUCCUUAAAUCUUUCAACGAUUCCGACAAAUUAAAAAAGCUUACAACAGAGCUUCAAGAACAUAGAGAAAAAGAAUUAAAAUACUUAAAAAUCAUUAAUGAGCUAAAGCAUAUAGUUUCCAGACAAAAUGAGCAGCUGACCAAGCUUACAAAAGAAAAUGAUAAAUAUCGCAGAAAGUUAGAAUCCUCUCGAAGAGAAGAACUUGAGCUGCAAAUGGCUAUGAGACUAUCAGCCAUGGAAGGAAUUGACCCAGAAGUGGCUCAGUCUGCCCUUAUGAGUGGGGAAAAUUUAUUUGGGCUUGGAAUGCAGCAGGCUAUGUGAAGCUAUCAAGACCCUACAGAUCCUGAUAAUAUGACUUAUGAGCAGCUGCUAGAAUUAGGGGAACAGAUAGGAACUGUCAAUGUGGGGUUGAGUAAUGAAGAAAUUGAGGGAAUUAAAGUUGUAGAAAAUGCGAAUGGGUGCUGCUCGAUUUGCCAAAAUGAUUUUAUUAGAGAAGAUGUGAAAGAAUUGAGGUGUGGGCAUCAAUAUCAUAUUGAAUGUAUUUCAAAGUGGCUGAUAAAGAAAAAGAAAUGCCCUAUGUGUUUUGAAAAUGCUAUAGAAGAAUAA